AUGUCAGAAUUCGCACCGCCAACCGGUCCUCCACCGCCCAAGGUGCCCGAGGGCUGGAAGGCAGUCUACAACGAACAGUACCACGAGUGGUUCUACGUCAACAUCUACACCAAGCAGUCGACAUGGGAGAAGCCCACCGAGCCCGUCUACGCGCCACCGGGUGAUCCACCACCACCGGGCGCGCCUCCAGGCUACGAUCACAGCACUUCACAAGCGACGCACGAAAAGAGCAACAACCCGUUCACUCAGAACCAAUACGGCGGGGCAGGAGCUGCUAGCACCGAUGACGAGGCAUAUGCGCGACGCUUGCAGGAAGAGGAGAAUGCGCGCAUGAGCUCAAGUCGUGGCGCCAGCGACAACCACUACGGGGCACCUGCGCAGCCACAGUACGGGCAGAGCUCACAUCAAUCCUACGACCAGCAGCUGCCGCAGCGCGAACAGAAGAAGGGUCUGCUUGGCAAGCUGUCGUCGAAACUAGGCGGCAGUUCAUCGUCGAGCAGGCCACAGUACGGCGGCUACCCUGGUGGCGGAUACCCACCACAACAGCACUACGGUGGCGGCUAUGGUCAGCCGGGCUACGGUCAUCCUCCUCCGAUGGGAUACGGUCAGCCGGGAUAUGGUCACCAGCCAAUGUAUGGUGGUGGCUACGGCGGUGGAUACGGUGGUUAUCCUCAGAGAAGACAAGGUGGAGGGAUGGGAGCUGGAGGUGGUGCAGCACUCGGCUUGGGAGCUGGUCUGCUGGGUGGUGCGCUCAUUGCGGAGUCGUUCGAUGACGAUGAUGGAGGUGGUGGCGACGAUGGUGGUGGUGGUGAUGAUGGCGGUGGCGAGUAG